AGCUGGGCUCAAUUUCUGUGAGCCAUGGAGUCUGUCUCCGAUGUUGGGAUCAUUGGGAGCGGCGUCAUGGGCUCCAACCUGGGGCUCAAUAUCGCCGACAAGAAGAGCCCCGAUGGAGAGCCGUUCCACGUGUCGCUCUACGACCUGAACCCCGAGCAGGUGAAUGGGGUGCUGGCAGCCAACUCCAGCUACAGCAACCUCCAUGGCUUCGGAGGGAAAGACAAGCUGAAGGACUUUGUGGCGUCGCUGAAGCGGCCGCGCAAGGCCAUCAUGCUGGUGCCUGCAGGGAAGCCCACGGAUGCUGUCAUCGAGGAGCUUGCCAAGCUCUUCCAGAAGAACGACAUCAUCAUCGACGUGGGCAACGCCAACUUCCGGGACCAGAUCCGGCGCGCCGAGAGCCUCGAGCAGCGCGGCCUGAGGUUCCUGGGCAUGGGCGUCUCCGGGGGCGCGGAGGGCGCGCGCAAGGGCCCGGCCUUUUUCCCCGGGGGCACCCUGAGCGUAUGGAAUGACGUCAAAGACAUAGUGGAGGCUGCUGCUGCCAAGGCAACAGAUGGCAGGCCCUGCGCGACCAUGAACGGCAAGGGAGGAGCUGGCUCCUGUGUCAAGAUGUUCCACAAUGCUGGCGAGUAUGCAGUGCUGCAAAUCUGGGGCGAGGUGCACGAAAUUCUGAAAGCCUACGGCGUUUCAGGCGAUGACCAGGCGAAGCUAUUGGAGUCAUGGAAGACCAAGACUGGAGGCCGCUACGCGGGGUUGCUGGACUCCUACAUGUUGGACAUUACCAUUGAGGUGGUGAAAGCAAAGGACAGCACUGUGGCAGGUGGCGCGGAUGAUGGCUCGUCGCUGAUUUCCAAGACCAUGGACAAGACCGACUCCAAAGGCACCGGCCUUUGGAGCGUCGUGGAGGCUCUGCAGGCAGCAGUGCCUGCUCCCUCCCUGGCUGCAGCCGUGCUGGCGCGGCAAAUGUCCAUGUUGCGGGAGGAGCGUCUCUCCAAUGCGAAGGCCAUACCGCUGCCUCAGCCAGAAAAGGGAACUUGGAGCAAGGAGAUGGAGGAGGAUCUUUUUUGGGCAGCAGGCUUCGCCAUCAUCGCCUCUUAUGCGCAGAUGUUUCAAUGCCUUCGGAAGAUGGACGAGGUCUUCGAGUUUGGGCUGAAGCUGCCGGCGACCAUCGCCACCUUCCGCGCAGGGUGCAUCCUGCAGGGCUUUCUCCUGGAGCCCAUGACCAAGGCCUUCGAGGAGAACCCGCAGCUGCCGAACCUCCUCUCCGCCUUCCAGCCGGAGGUGCAGAGCCACAUGGCGCGCUACAAACGCCUGGUGGGCCGGGUUGCUCAAGAGACCAAGGCCACGGUGCCCUGCCUCUUCGCCUCCCUGGACUACAUCCAGACGAUGUACCUGACGGAGAUCCCCUCGGCGCAGUGCGUGUCGCUGCAGCGGGACGUCUUUGGCCGCCACGGCUUCGAGCGUUUGGACCAGGAGGGCCGCUUCAACUCGCAGUGGCGAUCCCUGCAGCAGGGCGAGGCUUCCAUCACCAGUGCCACCUCCGCGGUGACCUCUGGCAAGUAGUGGGCGGUUGACGACGAUGGAUGGAUUCACCCUGAGAGGCUGACAGUGGCCUUCAGUGAUCGAUGGAGUUUUAGGGAUGCCCGCGUUGGCGCUGGGCUCCCAAAGGGAGCUGUUCUGAUCUUGCGGAUUCGCGACAAACACGUGG